UUAGGCUGUGGGGAGUGAGCUGCAGAGGUUACUGGUAGCAACACAGUUUUCUUACCGUGUUUAGCGUUACGGUUUGUGUUGCAUCUUAUAUUUGGAACAACCUAACCAUGGUUUGAAAGUUUUGUUUUAAUUUUAUUUCAUCACGUGUACAGUCUGGAAUAAACAACCGUUUUUGUUCAUUCGUACACGGAGCCCUGUGGAAGUUUCCUUUUCUUCUCUGAACAACGCAGACACGAGUAAAGAAGUUGCUUCAGCUCACACAGAGACCCACAUGUCUAAAUGACUUCGAGCAGGAUACAGAAGCUGAGCGUGGACAGACAGCAGGGCUGGAAGGGCUAUGGACACCAAGCCUUUGUGUCCUGUCUGACCGGCCUCUAUAGCUGUCAAUGGAAACACCACCAGCAUACUGGAAGCCAGUUUGGUCAUUUCUGCUGCAGUAAGCUGGAGUGUGGCAGUUUUGCUGUGAUCAUUGUGACAUUUUGUCUCAGCCUGGUUUUCCUCUACUUCUGGACUGAAGCACAGAAUGACUACAAUGACUUUGACUGGUUUAACUUUGGCAACUUGGGCUUUUGGUUCCCGUGGUCCAUGGUGUUGUUAGUCACUGCUGCAGUGUUCUUUACCUACAUUGCUUUUCUGCUGUUGCUGUCAGUGUGCCUCCUCUCAGAAGGACAAAGACUGUAUUUACACUGGGGUCACAAGAUUGGAAUAUUAGUGACUUUGAUAUUCUCCAUUGCGGCUACAGCAGUGCUGUCAGACUUGUGGAAUGAAAAGUGGGAAACUGUACUUCUUUCUUUUCAGAUGACAGCACCAUAUUUGCAGGUGGGAGGAGUGCUGUUAAUGAUAUUUUUAUCUUGGCCGUUAGCUUCACAUUUGUUUUGUCUGAGACAGAGAGUGAGGCGAAUGGUCAUUAUUGCGCUGUGUGGGGCAGUUCUCAUAUCUCUGUAUCUGGUGCCGCUGGGCAUGUAUUCUCCCUGCAUUAAGGAGAGAAACAGUCUGGGUCCAGCUCCAGCACUAAUUGGCCACAGGGGAGCACCAAUGCUUGCUCCAGAGAACACCUACAUGUCCUUCGAGAAGGUUGUUGCUGCUGGAGGGGAUGGACUGGAGACUGAUGUCACCAUCAGCUAUGAUGGCAUGCCCUUCCUGAUGCAUGACAAGAGCCUGCGUAGGACAACAAAUGUUGAGGACAUAUUCCCUAACCGAACACGCAGCCCAGCUGCCAUGUUUACCUGGAAUGAGCUACAGCAGCUCAAUGCUGGAGCCUGGUUCUUCUCGGUGAGACCAACAGAAGUGCACUUUAACUCCCUUGGCCUAGAGCAUGUCAUGCAAAACCCCUUCAAGACAGCCUCCUCCCUAAGCCCAGAAGAUCGCACUCAGGCUCAGAAUCAGUCUGUGUGUACUCUAAGAGCAGUCCUGGAGCUGGCUGCCCAGUAUGGAAAACUUGUAAUCUUUGACUUGUACAGGCCGCCACGUGGUCAUCCUUACAGAGACAUGUGGAUCUCACGCACUCUAGAAGUCAUUCAGAGUGAGUCGUCCAUUCAUUCUAGCCAGGUGUUGUGGCUGCCUCCGGAGCUGAGGGAGUUAGUGCAAGAGACAGACCCCGAGCUGCAGCAGACCUCAGGCAGCCUGGCCCCAGUGGAGGAGCUGCAACACAACCACAUUGUCAGACUCAACCUACACUACAGUUCCAUGUCUGAGGCUGAAAUAAGUAAGUACUCUGCUGUAAACAUCAGCACAAAUCUGUAUGUGGUCAGUGAGCCCUGGCUGUUCUCUCUGGCCUGGUGUGCGGGUGUCCACUCUGUCACUACUAAUGCUGUUCACAUCCUCAAGAGCCUUCGCCGCCCCCUCUUCUUUAUGACACCUCAGGAAUACAGCGCAAUGUGGGUCCUAACUGACAUGGUGUCACUGAUCGUCAUACUUGCUGUCUUUAUAUUCCACUGGUGGAAGGAGCACAGAGUGACUCUUUGCUCAGGCAGAAACACGAUACAUGACAACGGACGCUCCCCUGAGUUCAGGACAGGAAUGAAUGAUGUGUGGUCCUUAACAAUGCUGUAGGAGAGACCUUGCAUCAUUACCCAAGCAGUAACACUGAAGAUAGCUCUGGGAAGUGUGUAUCAUAUCUCUGAAGGCCGUUUCUCAGAGUACCGAGCAACUGUACAGAGCAGCCAAGCUCUAGAGUUGUUCUAGAGGUGAAGAUCAAUGUCGGUGGAGCUCAGAUUUUAGUGUCCAAAGGCGGCUUUUGAUGAGUGUGAUUUCUAACAGAAGCAGUACUGUCCAAAAAGUGGUGCUGGUCCAAAAGUCUGAAGGACUUAUGAAGAACAAGGAAAAGCUUUGACAAUAUUGCUGACAAUUCCUGAUAGAGUUACACUACUUUUUCUCCCAAAUAAUUGUUAUUCUCAAUUUCACAUAAUUUUAGAGGCACCAGCAGGGUUGGCUUCUCCUCAUUCUCAAACACUGCACUAAAGCGGACGUUUCCUCUGUUAAACUAACUGUAUUUUAUAUUUCACUAUACAAUUUCCUAGAAAAUAAAGGUGUGCAAUGUGAAACAGAUUUAUUGAUUUGGACCUUCAUUAUGUGACCAUGUAAUGCAGAAAUUGAUUUUUCACAGUGCAUCUAUUUCUCUUAUUCACCUGGCUUUACUUCAGGCUUAAUUUACACA